UGUGGUUCCAGUACAGCACCUCCACAGGCGGACCCCUCCACCUCCUCCUCCUCCUCCUCCUCUACCUCCACUGCUACAACCACAAAGGCGGAGCAGAAGAAGCUUUUAUCUAAAGACUCCAUCCUGUCUCUGUACGCCAGCAGCUCAGUGGGCAGUCAGCCGCAGAGCCAGCAACAGCCUGCUCCUGGACAAGCAGGGAUGUACAUGGGCCAGCCUCAGAUGCCAUUCACUCCGCAGGGUUUCGCUCAAGGGAUGGCCGGGGCCGUCCCACCCACCACCAUGAUGGGUGGAGGAGGCAUGAUGCCCAACGGAGGCUACAUGAACAUGCAGCAGCAGCAGCAGCAGGGUGCCAUGCCAGCUAACCAAGGACAGAAUAUGUACGGUGUGCAGCAAGGGCAGCAGCAAGGACAGUGGAACAUGAGCCAGAUGACCCAGCAGAUGUCAGGCAUGGCCGUGAGCGGCGGAGUUCCUGUGCCGCCCACUUUCAGCCAGUCAGGGGCCCCCGCGGUGGGUUGGCCCGCAGCUGCACCGGCGGCGUCCGGCCAGACCCUCAGCACUCAGCUGUGGAAGUAACGGGCGGGGCGUCCAGAGGAUGAGUAGGGGCAGAACACGGUCAUAUGAAAAAAAAACAAAAUGACUGAAAUGUUCUCCUCCUUCUCCUCAUAGCUCAGAAUAAUAAAAAAAUAAAAAAAACACACAAGCUGGGGUAAUUUAACUGCCCUUUAAGCCCCCUCCACAAUCGCGACACACCUUCACCGUGGUUCCUUUAAAAGAUGACAUCACACUGGAUAGAGUGGAGAAAAAAGGACAGACUGGCAGCUGUUGUUUCUCGUCUUUAUUCCUUCUUGAUUUCCUUUUAGUGUUGUUGUCUGAAGAAAGAGACAAAAUCAGCAGAUCGACAGAAAAGAACGCCGCGGGAGUUAUAGCUCUAAGUGUCUGCUCUAGUUAUAUUAUAUCAUUACCAAAAUGGAUAGUUAGUGAAUAGUCUUGCAAUACCUACAGUAGAUAUGGCUAUCUUGUGAUUGGUCUAUGCUACCCUCUUCUCUCCCCCAUCUCUCUGCUGUGUAUAGUGUAACCCCCCCCCUGCAGGACGAGCAGAGCCUCAUAGCAGAUAGUCGUCCGAGCAGUACUGUAUUUAUGUGAAUAAGAUGUGAACCUUCCACUUUUUUCAGAGCCAUAGAACAGUGAGGCUGCUUCAAUUCUCGCUGACUUUGUUUUUGUGUUCUCUUCAUCAUGUGACACACGCACACAGUGGAGUCAGGGUUCUCCUGUUUACUUUAAAGCUGACAUUGACUCAGAGCUGCUAAGGCCGGGCUCGGACUACAAAAAGACCUAAAAUGAGUGCUGCAUAAUGCAUUUAAAGAGAAACUGCUCAGACCAUCUCAAGCAUGCAUUUACGCUAGAGGACAAUAAGAUGUGUGCAAAAGGAAGCAGGGUUACCAACUGGCGUGAUUGUACAUGAUCAUGUGAUCUCACAAGAGAGCAGACUGGCUGCAGUGAGAGAAAACCUAAAGCAGAGAGCUCAGUAGUCCUGGAUUGGAGAAUUGCAGAGACGAGGUAAACAGGUGUUGUCUAUCCUCAAGCAGGAGCUGGAGUAGAGAUAACACCUGUUCAUUUUCUGUCACCAGUUGUACCAGAAGCCGUUGUUACCAUCGGAGACCAGAUUUUCUCAAAUUUCUGUUUCACAAAUUUGGUUUUACAGUAACGUUUAGUUUUCAAUAACAUCGCACAAGCACACGGCUAUCAGGACAGCCUUACAAUGUCUCAUGCGGAGAAAUGUAUCAGUGUCCAUUAUCCUAACAUAGUGGACACAAUGAUGCAUUCUAUUUAGAAAGAAGUGUUUGGAGGAGGACAUGAAGUGUGACUAGUCAAUUGAGGGGAAAAAAUAAGGGGAGAUGUAAAAAGUGAAUAAUGAAUAUAAAAUUAGAUAAAUAAAGAUGUUUCUCUAAGAAAGGGGUUCCAAAUUGAGAAACUUGUUUUGCGACACUGUUUCAUCUCCUCCUCCUCUUCUGUCGUUAUUUAUUUCAUUUUUUUUAACUGUACUGCCAUUAUCGUACCAGAUGCCAGAUGUUACAUUGUGCAUAUCGAGCCUGUGUGAAAUGACCAGGAUGGCCUUUCUUAGUUUGAAAGAUAAAUCCCUCAGAUUAUCUGGGCCAAACAUUGGUGCCCAGCACUCCUGUAGACUGAGCCUGGCCUUAUGUAGUUGAUGUUAACGUAUACCCUGAUUCACUGAGUUACAUAAUUCAACCAUUUCACUAAAAUGAUUUAAAUGUGUUUCGAUCAUUAGGUCGACGAGUGUCUCAUUAAAUACACUCACACACACACCAAUGGAUAAAAACAGGAUAUAAGAAUAUAAUGGAACAGUUCUUGAUUUACAUUUUUGUUUAAUUCUAAAUAUUUGCAUUGUGUUUUGUACAAUACCUGAUCAUCUUACCUCCCAGAACAUCUGCUCCACUAAAACAUCUGCUUGAGGAGACUCCCGGACACAAACUGUGACAAAUAUGAAGUCUUUAGAAGAAAUCAAGGACAAAAUAUCUGGUUUCUCUUUUGUUUUAUCUCCUCUGUAAAAGACUGGAGAAACAAAAAGAAGGUUUUUCUGGAUCUUUUCCAGAAACUUCUAUGAAGUUACUUUUCUAAUCUGUGAAAACAGAUGGAAAACAGUCACUUCAAAGACAAAUGAAAACCACUUUGAAAACAAGAAUUCCCUGCCUUGAUUCCCUGCAGGUAGACAUUACUUUGCUUAUUAGGGUCAAAUUCCAAUAAACAACUGAACCACUGAAGUAUAUGCACUAACACUUGCUGUGACUUUAAUGUCACUUUAGUAGUUCAGUAUCAGUUCUUUGAAUAUAUGGGUCCAGCCCUGUUUCUAAUCCUGCCAGCUGCUGCUUAUAAACAUCCCUAAACUCAAAUGUCAAGAAUUCCCUUUAAGUCUCAGUAAUUUGCUGGGCGGCCCCGGGUUCCCCUGGGUGUCUUUGGGAGCUGUGCUGUGCUGUUUUGAUGUCUUUUAAAACCAAACGAGCUGGCUUCACUGGAAACUGUGCUCCGACCCAGUUAAGAUGUUCCCUGUUUUUCAAAUGAGCCGUUUCUCCAGCGCUCCCCGAGGCAAAUUAAAGCUCGACUAGAAUCACAGCGGUUUGUCUUUUCUGCACUUUAAAUAGCAGAGCAGGUUGUGUAUCUCUGGUUCGGUUGUGGUGGUUGAAGAAGAACAGCAGAAAUAUGCAAACUGUUCCUUCCCGCUGCAGGGCCGAAAAAUCUACAAUCUUUUUAUUUAAAUUUUUUUAAAUACUGGACCAAUGUGACACCCACGAUGUUGCUCCCUUCAUGUAUGACCCUGACGCCGUGUGUUCUGCCAUCCACCAUGUUUAUUGUGCUGUUUUGUUGUGUGCAGUACAAGAGAAGCACAGUUAGUCUGAAGCAAAUAAACCUGGAUGACCGGGCUGAGCGGGACCUGUAUGAAAAUUGUGGAUGGGUCCACUCCUCGUUUAUGUAUGUGGAGUCUGAACAGAGGAGCAGGAGAAUGUAAUGAACAUACCUUCACAUGCUCUCAUCAUAAACAGCAGCUUCGUCAGUGGCCCUCAGCUUCAGGAAAUGAAGACCGUAGGUACCACUCUAGUGUCAGUUUGGAAGUUAACAAUAUUCAAUAAACAGCAUCUAGUUAGACGUUUACAAGGAACCAGGUUGGACAGUAAAGCUUUCAAAGUAUUACUCGUUGAGAGAAAUUACACUUUUUAUUUUUUUAAAUAACGCUGUCUGGUUUAAGUAGGCUUCCCCCCCGCCCUUACCCUUUUGUUUCUUUGCAUUGUCUAUGUUGUCAGGCAACUUAAACAGCUGUACCAGAACAACAUGACGUAACAUAACCUAUGACUUUAAAGAGAAUUUAACUGUUGUUUUUUUUGAACAUUUGUAUUGGCUAUUUGACACAGUUGAAACCAGUUACUUACAUUUAAAAGUUUAUUACUCGGGCACUCCAGAGUCCGCCAGCUCAUUGGAAGUCCCGUCUGAUAUGUUGUGCCCAGAAGGAUGCAUCAUAUUGAUUCUUCGUUGGCCGAAAAAAGGAUAACACAAUUGUCGGCCGUUUUUUGAGAAGCCAAUCAAAAUGAGACAACCUUCGACACCUAGCUGUGAUGUAACGCGUCCACAAAUGCGCCCUCUGAAGAUGGCAUCCCUUGAUUUGGGACACAUGUUGAAUGUUGGAUAGGACGAGUCAAACAGCUGAACCCAGAUAAAAACACACUGUCAUGUAAGCCAAUCAUUUCAAAUUGUAGUGUUCUUUAGAAUCAAUUCAGAUUUUGAAAUACCGCCUUGAUACUCUGAUGGAAACCUUCACAUUCUUCAUACUACUUCAUCAGACUUCAACAGCACAUCCUAACAAUAAGAGGACAGGCUUCAGACAUGACGCUUAACGGAAAGCUACAGCGUCUUAUUUAGAAUGAUUUGGCCACUGGCUGAGCUGCUGAGUUUGAUAAGUUUUGAAGUGGGAACAAACACACACAGUGUAAGGAUCACACUGCCGAGUGCUAGAGCAGAGAUUCAUGUCCAUGUACACAGGUUCCCUCUGCCAUGCAAUAACUGAAGCACUCUCUCUCUCACACACAGACACACAGUUAGUGUAGCGACACAAAAUCACAUUCAAUAACUCUAAAGUCCUCCAGGUUUAUUUCCGAUGUGUUUACAUUUUCUGGUGCCUAGUACAAGGAAAAAAAAAGUGGUUUCCGUGCAUUAAAAUAAAUAUCCAGGUCUGUGUUCAUGUUUGUCUAAUGACUCUUUAACUGUAAAAGUGCUGUUUGAACUUUGAUUAGUUUGCUUCUGUUUUUCUGUUCCAAGUUUUACAAGAGGGUCAUUAGAAAUAAAGGUUGUUGAAUCCUGGA